GCUGAAAGUGUGUUUGACGUUUUUGUGUUCGUUAAGCAACUGAGAAACCAGAGAGAAAAACAGAGCAUUCUAGAGAGAGAAACAAGCGAUCUAAAUCAAUUCAGCUAAGCGAGUUGCUCUUUCUUAUAUCUUUAAGAGGAAGUUCGAUCCUUUUUUCCUAUUUUCGCUUUCAAAAUAAGAAUCUAUACAUGGGUUCAUUGUUAGAACCGGCACCAAAGGAGAAUUAUAGCAAGCCGCUCGGAAUUCGAUUCUUAGAGCACAUAAAAGGAUCCAAACUCUCUUUCAAAACCCACCAAACCAUUGUCUUGAUUUUAACAUUCAUUGCAUACGCAAGCUACCAUGCUACCCGAAAAACUACCAGCAUUGUGAAAAGUGCACUCGAUCCACAAUCAUCAGAUUUUGGCUUGAAGUUCUCCCUGUGGCAAAGAGCUUACUUUAAAGAACCGGUUGAAGGCAAAGAUCUAAGGGUCCUUGGAAGUGGCUGGGCGCCCUUUAACGGAUCAGAUGGCACAGCCUUGCUUGGUGAAAUUGAUGUGGCUUUCCUUUCAUUUUAUGCUGCAGGAAUGUACUUCUCUGGGCAAUUGGGUGACAGAAUGGAUCUUAGGUUAUUUUUAACAGUGGGAAUGGUGGGAACUGGUUUGUUCACUUCCCUUUUUGGAGUUGGGUACUGGGCAAACGUCCAUGUUUUCGCUUAUUACUUGAUUGUUCAAAUGUUUGCCGGUUUGUUCCAAUCCACUGGUUGGCCUUCAGUUGUGGCCGUGGUGGGGAACUGGUUUGGGAAAAGAAAGAGAGGGCUCAUAAUGGGUAUAUGGAAUGCUCAUACAUCCGUCGGGAACAUCACUGGUUCUUUGAUUGCUUCAGCUCUGUUGCAGUAUGGAUGGGGUUGGUCCAUGGUGGUCCCUGGUGUCAUGAUUGCUUUCGUAGGCUUGAUGGUUUUUGUUUUGUUGCCCGUUAAUCCUGAGACCGUUGGAGCUGAUAGAGACGAAGAUGAAUUGCAGUCUCCCCAAAAAAGUGGGGACGGAAUAACAGAAUCUUUGUUGCAAUCAGAUACAGAAAGUAAGGAGAAAGCUGUGGGAUUCAUAGAAGCAUGGAAGAUUCCUGGGGUUACUACUUUUGCCCUUUGCCUCUUCUUCUCCAAAUUGGUUGCUUAUACAUUUCUCUAUUGGCUUCCUUUCUACAUUAGCCACACAGCUAUUGAUGGCAAGUAUCUAUCUAGUACGGCAGCUGGUAACUUAUCUACAUUGUUCGAUGUUGGAGGGGUGGUCGGAGGUAUCCUUGCUGGACAUAUUUCCGAUCAUCUAAAUGCCAGAGCCAUAACAGCUGCAAGUUUCAUGUACUGUGCUAUCCCAGCUCUCUUCUUGUACAGAACCUAUGGGAACAUUUCUCUGUCUAUAAACAUCAUUCUCAUGUUAAUCACCGGCAUGUUUGUCAAUGGGCCUUAUGCUCUUAUAACAACAGCUGUUUCAGCUGAUCUCGGGACACACAGCUCACUGAGAGGCAAUUCGCGUGCUCUCGCAACAGUGACAGCAAUCAUAGACGGAACAGGCUCUAUUGGGGCAGCUAUUGGACCAUUGAUAACAGGUUACAUUUCUUCCUCGAGCUGGAAUGCAGUUUUCACAAUGCUGAUGGCAGCGGCGCUAGUAGCUGGAUUGCUUCUGACUAAGCUUGUUGUGGCCGAGGUGACUGCAAAGAUUGAGGAGACGAGGUCACAAGGAACUCCCACAUCAAGAUCUCCGGCAGCUGCGCUUGAAGUGUGAUUUUUUUUUUUUAAUUCAAAGGUGAUAAAAGAGGACCUGUAUCAUGCUGUGUGUGAAAACCAGGCGUUUUCAAGCUCUUGAAACAGCCCCUCGGAUUUUCAGAUGAAGAAGGGCAAAGUAUAUGCUAUUCAAGACAGAAAAGGGCGAUUUUUUUUUUUACCUUCAUCACCAUUCAAAGUAUGAAAGUGAAAUUGAGGGCCAUUUGGUUUACACAUAUGUAAUACAUGUAUAUGCACAUUGGUUGAAUGUGUAUAUAAAGCAUUGCUUCCGGAUAGAUGAUUGUUGAGUGUGUAUUGUGAAAGUUUUUGAGUUAGCAAAAUUAUUGAAAAUAUCGAAUUUAUGCGUCAA